ACAACUAAAAGAAGGAAGAAGAGUUUCUCUGCUUGGGCCAAGGUUCUUUGGAGUUGCACAAUUCUUAGAAAUGGCUCUUUCGGGAGUGGCUGGGAGGGGCCUUUUGGCUUUCAUCUUCCUAGCAGCCCCGUGCUGCUUCGCCGAGGAUUAUGUGUCGCCUCUGGCGGAGACUUUGGACGAGGCGAAGACGCGCAGAAACUUGUUCACUCAUAUUCGCAAGGACCAGGCCCAUGAGUCACACCAGCGGCCCACAGCGCUGAUCGUCGAAACGCCGGAAAAGCUUGAGGACUUGCAGCAGAACGUGGAGAAAGUGCGUUCAAAGCGAGGGGCGAUCCCCGGGAAAGCGAUUCCUCACGAAAUUGUGUUGAAUGACCAUAACCCAACCAUGGCUGUCACGUGGUCUGGCGUCUCUGGCAACGGGUCACACUCGGAUGUGAUUGUGGCGCUGACCUACAGUCGCAACUCCGCCUGGCUACGGUCCAGGGCGUCGUCGCAUCUCUACGUAUCCCGCGACUACGGCAAGACGUUCCCGCGCAUCGAGCUGGACACGCCGACGGGCAUCGUUGCCAAGGCCACCCUCGUCCUCCUGUGCCCCGAGUCCGCUGGCUGGGGCGUGAUUCUUGACACCCUGAAUUCGCUGAUGUGGACGACCAAGGACGACUUCAAGACGCUGGCGCUUCAGCCCAAGGUGCCAUUCUACCUGAAACAGCUAUCCUGCCAUCCCAAUGUUCCCAGUGUUUUCCUGGCUGUAUCAACACAGCAACAACUGUACGUCAGUAAGACGUUCACCAACUCCUGGUUUAGCGCUACAACAGACCCGGUGACACGCUUCGCAUGGGGUAGCAACCAGUCGUAUGAGCACCAAUACACCAUCUACGCUGAACUUUCAAAGGGUGGUAUUAUUCGCACAGAUGAUUUUUUCAAGACACGUACAGUGAUUUCUAAGACUGGCUUUGAUAUGAAGGUCCAGGAACGUCAUGUUAUCUACCUGGAGAAAGACCCGAAACAGAAGUAUAACACGUUGAUGGUGUCAUACUUGGGCAAGCCAGCAGUUGCAGCCACGUUCCCAGAAUACGCCAACGGCACAAAGUUUGUUCCGAAUGAAUACUUCAUUGCUGAGAUCCUGGCCGAUAGUAUAAUGCUGGCGGUCAACCAUUACAUCAACCUCACCAAUCUCUAUGUCUCUGAAGACGGCAAUGCUCGAUUUUCUUUCUCUCUGGAGAGAAUACUGUAUCAUAAUCCACUCUCCAACUAUGUCAACAAAUAUAUCAAAAAGGUGCGGGCAGACUCGUUUGUCGACUGGCAUGUUGUAGACGGCUUCCCCAGCGUCAUCAUCAGCCAACAGCUUGGGUUCGGUACUGUCGGCCAUCGUAAGCUGCACACGGUGAUGACAUAUGACCAGGGAGGUUACUGGUCGCUCGUCAAAGCACCGGCAUUGCUGAACAACUCUCCCACGAACUGCCAUUUACCGAACUGCUCUCUGCACAUGGUCAGCGAGUUCAUUGCCUCCCUCUCACAGUAUCCGAAAAUCUACUCAGUUGAGUCCGCCCCCGGUCUCAUCAUGGCUUCAGCUUAUUAUGGUAAGCAUUACACUGGCAAGCAACAUGUUGUCAUGACAAGAGACAACGGAGUUCAUUGGGAGUUUCCAAAGCUACCAUCCAGCCCCAGCCCAUACUAUGAUAUACGUGCCGGUGACCACGGUGGUAUUAUUGUAGCAGUGCCAUACAGCAACAUUGCCGUCAACAGCUUCUACUAUAGUGUAGACAUGGGCUUGACGUGGUCAAUGUUCAUCUUUGGAACCAAGCAAAUGGUUGUAUCCAACAUCUUCAGUGAGCCAGGAGAGACGUCGUCCGUCUUCACCUUGUUUGGAAGGUUCACCGGCACGUACCUACAGUGGGCCAUGGUCACCGUCGACCUCAAAGCCAAACUUGUGCGUACGUGUGAGCCAAAGGACUAUUUCGACUGGCAGCCCAAACCAGCAUUCUGGGACGGCGAGGACCCAGAAGGUGCCCAGUGCCUAUUCGGUUUGCGAGAGUUCAUCACCCUGAGAAAGCCCAAGUCAAUCUGCUACAACGGCAUGAAGUUUGAACGUCCGCACAACGUGACCUCCUGCAGCUGUGAGCGAUCCGACUACGAAUGCGAUGUUGGCUACAUUUUGUCUGGCUGGGAGUGCUUGCCCAACAACGACCUUGUUGUCAUUCAGGGCAUGAAGAGAGCACUAAACUGCGUGGCCGGCAAAAACAUUUCCAUCUCCAAAGGAUAUCGGCGUAUUUCCGGCUCUUUCUGCGCCGGAGGUCUGACGUCUCUGUUUGAGCCGGCUGUGUUUCCAUGCACGCACACCACCAUAAACAAGACGGUCGAAGUCGCAUUCUCCCUAAAGAUCUUCCGCCGUACAAGUACAAACGGUGUCGUUGGCGUGGUGACCAACGCCACUAUACCGAACAGCAAUGGCACGGUCGCACUGUCUGCAGACACUUUGCCGGCAAACGCCUCAUCCAGCAUUCGGUGGCAGUUCGGAGACGGUGCAUCCACAGAGUCUCAGCCUGGUGGCACUGUCCAUCAUAAAUACAGCAAGCCUGGUAUUUACACUGUGGUAGCGAGUGCCAGCUCCAGAGCGACAUCGCACGUCGCCACGGUUACAGUUCACACACACGAACUGCUGACCGGGAAGGUGCCCAUUGACGUUCAAUCCUACCUUGGCAGCAGCCCACUUCAAAAGAACACAGUUAUCCUCUUCACUGCCAAUAUACCUCAGAAUAUAAAUCCUGCCCUGAACUAUACCUGGCAGUUCACCUAUCAGGGGGAUUCCGAGAAGGAUUCCGCUACUCUUAACACACAACAGUCACCAAUGGUGAAGCACUCCUUCAGUACAGCUGGCCGCUAUUUUGUCAAGGUGGAGGUAUCUGGUCCCGUGAAUAAAAUCCAUGGAGGUCAAUGGAUCUAUGUGAAUGACUUGUCACCCAAGGUUAGCAUAUACCCAUCUAGCACCACUGCAUUAGUCAUUGGCUGGAAGCUGCCUGGUCCACCAACUUCCGCAAGGAUCAUCGUCAAGCGUGUGGGCAGCCCUGACAGCGAGAAACCGUUGCAGAUCACGACACCUAACGACAUAGGCAGCUGGGUGGCGACGGGCCUAGUGCCGGGUGCUGAUUACGACGUCACCGUGGCAACCGUGGGCGAGCGUGGCUGCGGUGGGGCGAGCGCCGCCAGUGCCAGUGUUGUGCGUCUGCCGGUAACCGAUGACAGUCUACAUGUCAAAUUGUCUGUACCAGGUCCCCGAACAGUUCGAGUGACGUGGAGAAAAGCAGUUGGACAUACUGCGUCUACAACUUAUCGCGUUGUUGUCGUCAAGUCAGACACAGACAGCAGCGUGGAAGGCGGAAAACAUCAGCCGACAGAACUGCCGCGAUUUGUCCAGUCCGCGUUGCAGUCACCGACUGGAGAUUAUCUGCACCCACCACAACAUCUGGAGCUGAUUGCCAUUAAUCACACGACCGCCGUGCUCAUUUGGCAGUACGAUGUUCCUGGUGUCAAGCUAUUUACCGUCACUGUCACACAAGGUGGCAACAGCAUCACUCAGCAGACAUCUAACAAAUUCUUCUACGCCAAGAACCUCAUUGCCGACACUAAAGUUCACAUUGCAGUGCGUCCGACGUGUACAAGCCAAGUGUCCUCGGAGCUGCAUGUCCCUUAA